UUUAUAGGGGGUGGGACUUCCUGUUUCAAAUAAACACCUAGAGGUUUCCCCCUCCGCCCACCGAAGUGUGUCCGCUCUCGGGGGUCCUUCGCUGUUUCCACUGAGGGGUUGAAGGAAAUCGCGGAUAGGAGAGGGCCCCGUUAUCUCCCGGGACAGUUGCACAGGCCAGGCUGGAGCCUUGGUGCCACGAGACCGACCGGGCUCUGGCUUUCCCUCGGCUUCAGGACCCCGGCCCGCGCUCUGGCCGCCUGAGCCAAGUUGGAAGAAGAGUCUGAGAGGGUUCGCCUUGGGCCAGGAGGAAACAGGCCCUUUCCCACAGCAGUCCGAGGUUAUGCGACUCAAUGAUCCCGCGGAAACGCUACGGGUCUAAGAACACGGAUCAGGGUGUCUACCUGGGUCUCUCAAAGACACAGGUCCUGUCCCCUGCAACUGCUGGCAGUAGCAGCAGCGACAUCGCCCCUCUGCCCCCUCCAGUGGUCCUGGUCCCUCCCCUUCCUGACACCAUGUCCUGCCGGGAUCGGACACAGGAGUUCCUGUCUGCCUGCAAGUCGCUGCAGAGCCGUCAGAAUGGAAUCCAAACAAAUAAGCCGGCUCUGCGUGCUGCCCGACAGCGCAGUGAAUUUACCCUCAUGGCCAAGCGCAUUGGGAAAGACCUCAGCAACACAUUUGCCAAGCUGGAGAAGCUGACAAUCUUGGCAAAGCGCAAGUCCCUUUUUGAUGAUAAAGCAGUGGAAAUUGAAGAGCUAACAUAUAUCAUCAAACAGGACAUCAAUAGCCUCAACAAACAAAUCGCUCAGCUUCAGGAUUUUGUGAAGGCCAAGGGCAGCCAGAGUGGCCGGCACCUGCAGACCCAUUCCAACACCAUUGUGGUCUCCUUGCAGUCAAAACUGGCUUCCAUGUCCAAUGACUUCAAAUCAGUUUUAGAAGUGAGGACAGAGAAUCUGAAGCAGCAGAGGAGCCGGCGGGAACAGUUCUCCCGGGCGCCUGUGUCAGCCCUGCCCCUUGCCCCCAACCACCUGGGGGGAGGUCCUGUGGUUUUGGGGGCAGAGUCUCGUGGCUCCAGGGAUGUAGCCAUUGACAUGAUGGACUCCCGGACCAGCCAGCAACUGCAGCUCAUUGAUGAGCAGGAUUCCUAUAUCCAGAGUCGGGCAGAUACCAUGCAGAACAUAGAGUCUACAAUUGUUGAGCUGGGCUCCAUCUUUCAGCAGUUGGCACACAUGGUUAAGGAACAGGAGGAAACCAUUCAGAGUUUUUGGCAGGCACAACAUCUUUGUUUGUAUGUGGUGCAGAGGAUCGAACCCGGGCCGCACGCAUGCCAGGCGAGCGUGCUACCGCUUGAGCCACAUCCCCAGCCCUACAUAUUCUAUUAUAUAUAUGUCUAUUCCUUUCCAAUGUUCUCGUCAGUCUGCUGUUAAGCCUAUCUUGUGAAUUUUUAACUUCAUCUAUCAUAUUUUUCAGGGUUGUUGAUUUUUGUUUUUAUUUUUGUUUUUUGUGGUGCUGGGGAUGAAACCCAGGGCCUUGUGCAUGCGAGGCAAGCACUGUACCAACUGAGCUAUGUCCCCAGCCCAUUUUUCAGUUUUAAAUUGCCAUAUGGUUCUUUCUUCCUUUCUGUGUGUGUGUGUGUGUGUGUGUGUGUGUGUGUGUGUGUGGUGUUAGGGUUUGUACCCAGGGCCUCUUGCUGGGUAAGCACUUUAUCACUGAGGUGGAACCCCAGCCAUCUAUAGCUUGUGUUUAUAUGCUGAAAUUUACUACGUUUCAGUCAUUACGAGCAUUUUUCUCUAGGUUACAGUAACCACUUUAAGAUCCUUGUUUGCUAAUUUCCAAUAUAUGAGUUAUCCUAGGUUUUGUCAUACUCUUUGCCUUGUUUUGAAUAUAGGUCAGAUCACACUUUCUUAUUUCACUGAAUGUUUACCAAUUUUUUGUACGUCAUGAUUGAUACAUUAUAGAAUUUCUGUUUCCCUAGAGAAUGUUGACUUUUUUUUUUUUUUGGUGGUACUGGGGAUUGAAUCCAGGGUCUCACACGUUAGGUAAAUGCUGUACCUCUGAGGUACGUCCGGAUUCCCAAGAACGUUGACAUUUGUUUUUGCAAGCAAUUAACUUGGCUGAACUAGGGUAGCUGAUUUUUACAUUUUGUAUAAUAUUUCUAGUUGUUAUUUGUGGAAUGGGUUGGCCAGUAGGACCUACCUAGCCAUUACUGGAAUCAGAACCUUGAAGAGUAAGAAGAGGGCAUUGGAUUCAGCCAUAUAGAUGUUCAUGACUUUGAUUCAGGUUCAGUGGAGGAAUGGGAAGAAAAACCUGAAUGAGCUGGGUGUGGGGGCACACACCUGAAGAAGAGGCUGAGGCAGGGUGAUCACAAAUUCAAAAUCAGCCUCAGCAAUUUAAUGAGGCCCUGAGUAACUUAGUGAGACCCUGUCUGAAAAUAAAAAAUAAAAAGUGCUGGGGAUGUAUCUCAGUGGUUAAGUGUCUCUGGGUUCAAUUCCUGGUACCAAAAAAAAAAAAAAAGGACUAGAGGUGUACCUCACUGGUAAAACUCUCCUUGGUCUACCCUGAGGAAAAAGGAAAAAAGAGAAAGAGGCCAGAAGCGGUGGUACACACCUGUAAUCCUAUAAUCCCGGUCACUCAGGAUACUGAGGCAGAAGAAUCUCAAAUUCAAGGCCAGCCUCAGACACUUAGGGAGAACCUGUCUCAAAUAAAAAGGGCAGGGGAUGUAACUUUGGGGCAUAGAGCCCCUGGGUUCAAACCCCAGUUCAGCAAAAUAGAUUAGAUUGUUAAAGGGGUAAAACAAUCAGAAAAAAAGUAAGAACAGAGCAAAAGAGUAAUUAGAAAAAACAGACAAUUCUUUCGAGGAGCUUUGCUUCAGAGUUAGCAAGUAAUGGAGCAAAUGUCUGUGGGAGAAAUGAAUCAGAAGUAGGUCCUUUUUGAGCUAGACACAUAGCUCAGUUGGUAGAGUGCUUGCUUCGCAUGCACAAGGCCCUGGGUUCAAUCCCCAGCAUCACAAAAAAAAAAAAGAAAAAGAAUUAGUUGCUUUUUGUGGAAAGAAAGUAGGGAGAAAGGGAGCUUUAAUAUAUAUAUAUAUAUUUUUAUUUCAAAUGCUUCUGGGCUGGGGAUGUGGCUCAAGCAGUAAUGUGCUCCCCUGGCAUGCAUGGGGCGCUGGGUUAGAUCCUCAGCUCCCCAUAAAAUAAAGAUGUUCUGUCCACCGAAAACUGAAAAAUAAAUAAAUAAAUAAAUAAAUUUCAAAUGCUUCCAUAUUGUUAGUUUAGGUUUUAUUUAUAAAGAGAGCAAAAGCACAGUUUGACAGAAUCUGUAGCAUACUAAGGGACAAGCAUUGAAUUAAUUUUAUUGUUCUCUAUUGAAAUGUGUCACAUUGGGUCUAAUUUAUUUUUUAGCACCUUCAUUCGGCAUAUUGUUUCUUUUUUUUCCUUUUUCUUUUUUGUGGUGCUGGGGAUUGAACUGAGGGCCUUAUACAUGCAUAGCAAGCCCUCUACCAACUGAGCUAUACCCCCACCCGUGGGCAUAUUGUUUCUUUAAUGAAGACAUUAGCAAUUCUUAAAAAAUAAAUAAAUAAAUAAAAAUAAGGAAUUAGUUGCUUUUUGUUAAUGAAAAAUUUAAAAUUCACCAAAAAGUUGAAAUAACCAUAUUAAACACACAUAUAUCUAGCACCUAAAUUCAAAAGUUGUUAACAUUUGGCUGCUUAUCUUUUAUUUUUCUGAACCAUUUCAGAGAGACUGCAGAUAUCAUGAUACUUUAUCUCUAGAUACUUCAACAAGCUUCUCCUGAGAAUGAAUUUGACAAAAACCAUAGGCUGUUACCACAUCCAUGAAAAUUAACAAUUUCCUAAUAUUAUUUAAUAUCCAGGCAGUGUUCAGAUUUUUCCAUUUGUCCCCAAGCUGUUUUUUGUAUUUACCUUUUUUUUUUAAACCAUUGAAAGAAAUAUUUAUUAUUGGUGGGAAGCAAGACAAUUUUACAGAAGAAUGUUCUGGAAAAUUAUGGAAGCUUUUGCUCCCCAGCUCUGUUACUGACUCUACCAAGAUGCUCAUGGGAUGAUGCAAUCCCCAUGCUUAUUUCUAAAGUGGGUAUAUUAAAGAGCUUUUAGAGAUCCUGAGAUCUGAGAGAGAUUAGUGUCUGAGCAUCUCAGUUUGCAGGAACAUGGUGGCUCCCUGAGUCUGUUGCAGGAUAGACUACACUUUCUGGCUGUCUCGGGGCUUGGGCUGCUGAGGUCAUGACAGACAUGAAAGCUAGCAAAACAAAGGCCUUGCCUCUGCAGCUGGGUCCUGUUUUCCCCUCAUGGGCCCCUGGGAACAGAUGCUUCUCACAAAGCUGACUCAAGGGGGAAGGAGAUGCUCUUUUGGAAAAUGCCUCCUGGUACCAGGCUUGGAGCAGCCAUCAUCAAGGAUAUCUCAACCUUCUCUCCACUGGCAGCUGAAUAUACAUCUCCCUAUGUGCAGGGCAUUUAACACAUGCUGUCCUAGAGUAAUUAUCUUUUUUUUGUUUUUUGAGUAAUUAUAUUUUCAAAAGCAUCCCAGUUUGGGUGAAAAAUUAUGGCUAUCAUCCUACAGUGACAAGGCCCUACAUGUUUAUGUAUUCUGCUGCCUUGAUGCCAAAACAAAGCAUACCUCAAACUCCAGUGGGGUUAAGUAAAUUCAGAAUGGGUGGCAGAGGGCUCCUAACAUUCUGAUGUAGUAUGACAGACUGGCAGAAGCCUUAUCUGGCAGCCCCAGGGUCUUGGGCAAGCCAGGAAACCAGGUGACUACUCUGGGACAUAUCCUGCCCAAGUUCAGAUAAGCAGGUCAGAAGGUCAUGGAGCAUUCUGACUCCACCCAGUCUCUGUGGGCAGAAUAUCUGUAUGUUCUUUCUCUAAUGCUCUGCCUAAACUUUUUUUUUUUUAAUGGUUUUUAUUAAUUUUUGCCAUACUGGGGAUUGAGCCCAGCAGAGCUCUACCACUGAACUACAUGUCCAGCCCUUUAUUCUUUUUAUUUUAAUUUUUUCUUUUUAUUUUUUGGUACAGGGAAUUUAACUCAGGGACACUGAGCCACAUCCCCAGCCCUAUUUUGUAUUUGAUUUAGACACAGGGUCUCUCUGAGUUGCUUAGUGCCUGACUUUGCUGAGUUGCUGAGGCUGACUUUGAACUUGCAAUCUUCCUGUCUCAGCUUCCUGAGCCGAAGACAUGUGACACUUGCCUAGCUGCUUUUUAUUUUGAGACAGGAUCUCACUAAGUUGCUCAGGCUGCCUUUGAACUUGUGACCCCCCCAUCUCAGCUUCCCAAGUACCUGGUAUUACAGGUGUGUACUACUGAACGCUGCUAUAAUAGCUUUUUUUUUUUUUUUUUUAAGAUAUAUUUUUUAGGGCUGGGGAUGUGGCUCAAGCGGUAAGGUGCUCGCCUGGCAUGCGUGGGGCGCUGGGUUGGAUCCUCAGCACCACAUAAAAAAAUAAAGAUGUUGUGUCCACCAAAAACUGAAAACUAAAUAUUAAAAAUUUCUCUCUUAAAAAAAUGAUAUAUUUUUUAGUUGUAGUUGGACACAACACCCUUAUUUAUUUAUUUAUUUAUUUAUUUAAUGUGGUGUUGGGAAUCGAACCCAGGACCUCACACAUGCUACGUGAGUGCUCUACCACUGAGCCACAACCCCAGCCCUAUAAUAGCUUUUAAAAAAUCAAAUUCAAGCUGGGCAUGGGUAGUACACGCCUGUGAUCCCAGCAAUGUGGGAGACUGAGGCAGGAGGAGCGACAGUUCAAAGCUAGCCUCAGCAACUUAAGAGAGGCUCUAAACAACUCAGAAAGAUAUCCCCCCCCCACACACAACAGAUUUCUCUAAAUAAAAUUCAAAAAAGGUCUGGGGAUGUGGCUCAGCGCUUAAGUGCCCCUGGGUUCAAUCCCUGGUACCAGCCCCACUCUCCCAUCCCCCACCCCCCACUCCAAAAAAAUCCAAGGGACCAGGAAAGACUAAACUAGUUUCAAGGAAACUUCCACCCCACUCAGUACCCUGCCUUCUCAUCUGUUACCAGCUUCUCUUACAGCUAAAUCCUAGACUUAUAAACUGGAUCCCUUUUCCUCUAAUCUCCUCAAGGACAUCAUUUGUUUUGUUUAAGGUACUGGAAAUUGAACCCAGGGGUGCUCUACCACUGAGCUACACCCCCAAACCUUUUUUUUUUUUAAAUAUUCAUCUUUUUUUUUUUUUAAAGAGAGAGAGAAUUUUUUUUAAUAUUUAUUUUUUAGUAUUCGGCAGACACAACAUCUUUGUUUGUAUGUGGUGCUGAGGAUCGAACCCGGCCCGCACGCAUGCCAGGCGAGCGCGCUACCGCUUGAGCCACAUCUCCAGCCCCCCCCCAAACCUUUUAUACUUUUUAUUUUGAGACAGGGUCUCAUUACAUUACCUAGGUUAACCUUGAACUUUUUAUCCUCCUGCCUUAGCCUCCCGAAGUAGCUGGAAUUACAGACGGGCACUACUGUGUUGGGCUUAAGCACUUUCUUGAGAAACCUAAUUUUUAAAAAAUUGUUGAUAGAUCUUUAUUUUACUUAUUUAUUAAUAUGUGGUGCUGAGAAUCGAACCCAGUGCCUCACACAUGCCAGGCAAGUGCGCUACCUCUGAGCCACAGCCACAGCCCCAGCCACUAGAAACCACUAGUUUGUGGGGUUGGUUUUUUUUUUUUUUUUUUUUUUUGGUAGUGCUAGGGAUUGAACCCAGGGCCUUGUGCAUGUGAGGCAAGCACUUUGCCAACUGAGCUAUAUCCCCAGCCCCUGAGAAAUCACUAAUUUAAUAUGAAAUUCAAUGAGUAGAUUCCCAAGCCUCAAUUUAUAAUCUCUGUAUGUAAGACCUGAGAAUUUUUUAAUUUUUGAGAAACUAAAAAAUAGGUGGCUUUUUCAACAUAAUUACCUGAUCUAAUGUUACUGGAUCAUUUUCUUUUUUGUAAAUAAAGAUAUCAAAUACAGAAAAGUUGGGAGGAUACUUUAACGAAGACCUUUAUUCCCUCAGGUACAGUUGUUGUAAAAAUUUUUUCUCAUUUGCUUCCCCUCCCUAGUGAAUCCUUUGAGAGUAGGGCAAACAUUAUGAAAGUUCAUCCCCAGAUUCUUCAACAUGCCCCUUGCUAAAGGUAAAGAUGUUCUGAACAGUUACAAUGCCAUUAACAUAACAAAGAAAAGUAACAGUAGUUUCCCAACACUUCAUACCUGGUCCAUAUUUGGAUUUCCCCAACUGGAUUUUUUUUUUUUUUUUUUUAAGUUUUUAGUUUAUUUUCCUUCAGAUCAAAACCCAGACAAGACUCACACCUGCUUUUGAUUCUUAUGUCUAUUUUGUAUUUUUAUAUGUACAUAUACAUAUACAUUUUUAUAUGUAUUUUUUUUUUGGUGGCAACACAAAAGGUUUUGGUUCAGUGUUUCCAGAUAAUCAGAUUAAGACCAAUUUUGAUGUGAUGAUUGCAUUAGUGGAUACUCACUUGAUGAGGGUUAUUCCUUUAUUGGUGAUGCAGUUUGGUCACAUGUUUAAAGUGGUGACCAUCAGACUUAAGUAUCUGUGGAGUGAUGCUUUGAAUUGGUUUGAAUGUUUAGCUUCUACCACACAGUGAUUCUUGCUUGUCAUUUUUUAGAUUGUGUAAAAUGGUGAUUUUCUAUCAUUUCUUCUAUACUUAUUAUUUGAUUUCUGUAAAGGAGCUUUCUCUUAUUUUAAGUUACCACUAUGGAAUUGUUAGGGGUUUUUUUGUUUUUGUUUUUAUUCAAUAUAUUAUAAUCCAUUAGCAUAAUUUUUUUUUUUCUUUCUGGUACUGGGAAUUUAAUUCAGAAGAACUCUACCAGUUAGCUAUAUCCCCGGCUUCUUGUUUUUGAGAAAGGGUCCUUGCUAAGCUUCUGAGGCUGACCUCAAACUUGUGAUUGUCCUGCUUCAGCCUCCCGAGUACCUGGGAUUACAAUCCUGUUCCACUGCUCCUAGUUUGGCAUUAUUUUUUUAUGAUGAUCAAGUUUCCUAAAUCUGGCCCUACAGAGCCCCACUUCAGGUCAGCUUCUGUGUCCUCUUAACAUGAUUCCCUUAUUCUUUUUUUAGGGGGAGCAGGGUACCAGAGAUUGAACUCAGGGGCACUUGACCACUUAGCCACAUCCUCAGCCCGGCUUUGCAUUUUAUUUAGAGAUAGGGUCUCACUUAACACACCUCACUUUUUUGCUGAAGCUGGCUUUGAAUUUGCAAUCGUCCUGUCUCAGCUUUCCAAGCCAUUGGGAUUAUAGAUGUGUGUCGCUACACCUAGCUCAGAUUGCAUUUAUUAAGUUUAUCCUUUUUUGUUAAGCACAGCCAUUCAUAAUUGCCAAGAAGAGCUUCAUUUGGUAUAACAAAUAUAUCUACACUGAGAAAUGUAAUUAUGUCCUGAAGCUAGUAAACCUUAGUUAGCCUCUUCAACAGAAAAAAUGGAAUCACAGUUCUUAUGACUGUCUUCCCAAAACCUUGGACUUGGAGCCAUUGGCCAUCUAUUCCUCUUACUUUCCAACUGGAUUGCCAGACCCCACCCAAUCCAUACUUACAGCUCACAAAAAUCUUUGUUCCCAGGGACUUCCUUUGCAAAGGCCAGAGUUUUUUUCUUUCAUGCACCAUUGAAUGAUAGGGGAUAUUUUAUUUGAAAUUUGUCCUUAGGCAAAAUCAAAUAGCUAUGGUGUCACUAGACAAUAUAAUCUUAUAGGACCACUAUGAUAAAUACUACCACUGUAAAUUGAAACAUAAUUGUUUGGUACCUAAUUGUAUUUUGGUUUUAGAGUUGCAUAUGCAGGUCGGCUGCCAAGUGUUUUUGCUUUGCUCAAUAAUUUCUCAAGAAAUUGUUCCUCUGAGGACUUCUCUGUUCUUGGGAGAGAAUUUCCCCUGUCUACAGCUUUUCUUAUCUUCUGACUUCCUGUCUAUACCAUUUAAGUUUUUCCUCCUCUCUGACUCGGAAUGAGGAUAUCCUGAGUAUAAUGGUCUGUGAACUUUUUCCCCUUAUUGCAAAUACUGUACAUGCCCUGGGGAUCGUGGUGCGCGCCUAUAAUCCUGUCAGCUUGAGAGGCUGAAGCAGGAGGAUCACAAGUUUGAGGCCAGCCCGAGCAACGUAGCAAGACCUUGUCUCAAAAUAAAAAGGGCUGGGGUUGUAGCUCAAUGGUAGAGCACCCCUGGGGUUCAAUAUCCAAUACUACGAAAAAAAAAAAAAAAAAAGAUACAUGUUUAUUAGAUUAAAAAUGAAUAAAUACAGCAAAAUUUUAGCAAAAAUUUUACCUAAUAAUUUGGGGGCUUAUGUGGGUUGGGGACUUCAUACCAACUCAUUGCAGACAGUCUAAGGAGCGAAAGGAUUUGUGUUUCUCAUUUUGCAAAUAAGGAAAAAUAAGGUUAAAUGAUUUUUUUUUUUUUAAUAUUUAUUUUUUAGUAUUUGACAGACACAACAUCUUUGUUUGUAUGUGGUGCUGAGGAUCGAACCCGGGCCGCACGCAUGCCAGGCGAGCGCGCUAUCUCUUGAGCCACAUCCCCAGCCCCCAAGGUUAAAUGAUUUAGAGAUAGAAUAAGUGGGAGAAAUACUGCCCCCAAGAGCCUUUUCUCUUUUUUUUUUUUUUAAUAUUACUACUUGUUAAAGUCCUUACCAACUUUUUAUUUUUAAAUUUUUGUUGGCUUAUUUAUUCACAGGUACCUACACAAAGCAGGAGACACUGUUGUAUAUCUUUAUUUAUAUAUUUGUGGUGCUUGUGAUAGAACCCAGGGCUUUAUGCAUGCCAGGCAGACACUCUACCACUGAGCCACAGCCCCAGCCCCACAAGAGCCUUUUCUAUAAACAAACAUACACAUUUUUUAUUUCUACAUAUUGUGACCAUCUUUUCCAUGUCAAUAAAUAAGACUUCAACAGCAUCUCUUUAA